ACACAUUUUUCGUUGAGGACCUACGGAAUUUAUUGAUGCACAAGCGUUGCGAUGUCGUCGUCAGAGCAGCGCCAGAAGCAGUUUGACUUGCACCGCAACAAGGCCAAUACCACCAGGACCAGCAACAACAGCGGCGAAAAAAAUGUGAGUCCGAAGAGUUGCAAGCUUCAAACCUCAUUGGAGAUGCAGCAGCCAAAUGUACACAGACGCGCUGCCGGAUCCAAUUGGCUGGCUGCCACUGCCUCGGGAAGCGAGAACAAGGUGCAGGUGGCGAAAGCGACUGAGGAAGGAUCCGCACCUGAGUCCGAGCCCCUGACCAAAUCGGCACGCACACGCCAGAGGAAAAUGGCCCAGCGCAAUCGUUAUUUGUCCAUGGACUGCGAGAUGGUUGGAGUGGGCCACAAUGGGCAGGAGGACAUGCUGGCCCGAGUAUCGAUUGUGAAUAGUGUGGGCCAUGUUCUAAUGGACAAGUACGUAAAGCCGCGCCAAACGGUUACAGACUAUCGCACCAGCGUCUCCGGCAUUCGCCCGCAUGAUAUAGAGAACGCCGAAGACUUUGCCACCGUCCAGGACGAGGUUGUAAAGCUGCUACACGGCAAAAUUCUCGUCGGCCACGCCCUGCGCCACGAUCUCGCCGUCCUGAACAUCAAGCAUCCCUUCGAACAUAUUCGCGACACUUCGCGCUACAAGCCACUAUGCAAGCUCGUCUCCAACGGCCAUACUCCAAGUCUCAAGCGUCUCACCAUGGCCGUGCUCGGCCAGGAAAUCCAAACCGGCGAACACAACUCCGUGGAGGAUGCCCGCUCUGCCAUGGGCAUAUACAAUCGCAUUGCCGCCGACUGGGAGAAGCACCUGGAGAAGAAGCAGCUCCAGCAGCAACGCUUCUGAUGCCUGCUCUCGGGUCAUCUUGCAUGUGUGCUUUCUAAUUUAAACACGUACUGUAAAAACGAGUUUCUUUUUAUUGGAAACUGUUGCCUAAUAUAUAAAAUGUUACAAACUAGCUACA